CGAGUCGUCAACUCUUAUUGGACGGGUUCUGGACGUGGUAGGUUUACUGGGACGAGGCAGCCACCGACUCACUCCACCUUGGUCCUGUACCUGUCAGUAUCAGUAGUUCGUUGAAGAUUGAUCAUCAAGAAGUUGUAAGAUCAUCAUUAUGGAUUACAAGCAGAGUUUUGAAGAAUUGGAAGAAAACUUUCUAAGAGAGUUAAUGAAAAGUAAUAAGCUGCUGGAAGCAAUAAGUAAAAUGGAAACAAAGUACACCACAGAGGAAAUGUUUUAUUAUAUUUGGAGUCUGGAUGAAGCUCAUAGGUUUCUGACACCAGUGUUGCUCCCUUCUAGCAAGUCAAAAGACUCUUCUCGUGUGUACUGUAGACAGGGAGACAUUGCCUAUAAACUUUGCAAUUUAGAUAAGGCAUUAAAAUUGUACAAUUUAGCCAUAUUAUCUGCACCACAUCCAGCUAUUAUGACAGGAAAUUCUUUUUUUGAUAACAAUACUAAAGACACUGUCAAACAGCUUUAUAAUGAAGUGUACGAUGAUUUGGCACAAGCCUAUGAGUCUCGGUCUGUUUUGCUGUUUGACAUGGAGCAAUAUGGUAAAUGUUCUAAUGACAUUGAUCGUGCCCUGGAACUUGAAUGUCUUCAGGCAUCACAAAGAAAUAAGUUACUAGAAAUGAAAGACAGGUGUCAGAAAAUGAGCUCAAAAGGCAAAGCUAAGGCAAUGAGUGUCUCAGCUAUGGCUUUCAAUUCUUCUCAGCGCUCAUUUGCUUAUGUAAAUCCUAAGCCCCCCAAAUUAGCAGAGUGCAACCCUGCUAUACCAUCCUUUAGCAGUGCUGUCAAGCUGGCCUACAGUCACUCACAAGGGCGACACAUGAUUGCCAACAGAGAUAUAAUUCCAGUAUGCUACAAUGUGUUUACAGUGUCAAAAGCCCCUAUAUAA